AUGCUCCUUGCGCAGCGCAAGAAGAGGCAACAGGUGGCAGGUAAAAUUGGUCAUAGCGAUGAGAAGUAUGAAUUAGGGACCAAACAACACGUGGUCGUGCAGCAGGGUAAUAGGGCGCGCCGUUUUCCGCAGCGGCGACCCGACGUGAAUCCCAUUUCUUGGCAAGCGUUGCCUUCGCAGCCGUCGCAUUCGCCGUCGCAUUCACCGUCGCAUUCGCCGUCACCGCAGCCACAUCAACCCAUGCAACAAAGGGGACCACAGGUGUCACCGAGGGUAGCCUCAAAUGUACCAUCUAUGAACUUAUUGCCACUGGAAUGCAAUGCCAAAUACCACGGGAAUGAUCCGCUUUUAAAGCCUCUCAAUUUCCCUUCCGCGCUUCCUCCACUCCACGCGACGCCUUGGUUGCAUAGUUCCACAGUAGUGAAUAGGCCCCCGCCGCAUAUUCCCUCAACACUUGAUGCCGCGAUUUUUGCUCCCGCGCUGCCAUCUGUACCAGGCACUUACAAGGCAGUGCCGGGCGUGCAGCAGACCCUUCCUCCUAUGCCAUCGGCGUCGCCGCCGCUACUUCCGCCUGUGCUAAAAGACUCCCCGUCACGAGCGGUCUUGUCAUCACGUGACCGCCAGUACGAUUUCAAUACGAAUCUUAGGAGUCAAUUUGACAAGGACAAUAUUGACCAGCGCCCAAAGUCACAGUCGGCAAUGGGUUUUAUUACUGCGUAUCCACAGCCAAAAGAAGAUGAACUUCUUGCACGGAAUCGGGAGCGGCAAAAAGCUAUAGAGAUCCAAAACGAAAACGCACGCUUGUGUGAGGAGCGACGCCUUCAGAGAGAACGCGAGAAACAGUUGGAGAUAGCGGAGCAACGACAGCAAGAGGAAGCGGCACGACGAGAGCGGCAGCGGGUUGCCCAACAGGAACGGUUGGCGAUGGAGCGCGAGCGGCAAGAGUCGGGCGAGAUUAUGAGGGGUGGGAAUAAAAGGGUUUUGUCGGGUAAGAGCCGUGGGGCACAAUUGCAGGAGGAUCUUAAGAAGCAAAUGGAUGAAAAUCCGAGGAGGAAGGAUGAGGGGGAGGAACGUCUUCCGGCAAUUGGAAGAAAAUGGACGGAACGGGCUACUUCUGAGUCGCCGCCUUGCAGUAACGGCGGUGGGGUGAAUCCCGCCAUUGUAGCUGCGGAGAGGGAGGGGCUGGAAAUUUCUUCAAAGAAAUCGCCGGAACGGUUCCCGUCCUCGGUUGGGCCUUCAACAAACGGGGGAGCGGCGAAUGUGUCGGCUCUGCUCUUUCAAGCCCCUCCGCCCUUUUCAUUUGGUCCAUCCCUCUACGAUCCCACCAGAGCGGUUGGAGCCUUUUCUUUGGCGCCAAAUUUUUCUUUUCCAUCCGCCACGCCAAUAUCGGUGCCGAACGUGGAGACAAAAGUAGAACAUACAGCCGCUCCCUCGGCUUUGGACGUACCCGUGUGGUCCGCACCGGAUCUACCCACGCAAUGCAAACCGUCUCCAACCUCGGAUGCCGCCCGCUAUGAAUCUCAUCUACACGACAUGGUCACUCAUCAUCGGAAUAUUCAACGUAUGUUAGAAAUGGAGAUACAACGGAGGCCAGGGGACGCGGUACCGCCACCGCUGCCAGCAGUAACAACGGGAUUGCCUUCAUCAGUGCCGUUUUCUUCCGCAUUUUCUCAGGGCCAUCUAGGACAACCAAACCCAUUUGUAGUACGGAAUGGUCGCAGUGCCGCAGGCGCACACGGUAGUAUCAGCAACGAAAAUAAUGCUGGGGGAUCGUCGACUGCGUCGGAGGCGUUUUCUUCGGUGGCGGCGCCAGGGAUUUUGAAAAAAUCGAGUGAGCCGUCUUCCCGCAUCACCGUAUUGGGCGUGAGCCCGCCCUCACGUUCCUUAGGGGCAGGAUCAAUUGGAGCCGUGGCAGCUCCGUUCUCUGGAAAGGCAGACCCCGAUGAGCUCUCCGCGGAACCCUCAUUUUUUGUUACCGCGUUGCCGUGA